AUGCCCUUAGACACAAUAUAUCUGACCCGCCAUGGCCACCGCCUAAACUGGACAAUCAACUACCAAACCGGCGAAUACAAAUCGCAAUUCCCAACGCCGACAGGAAACCCCGCGGACCCGACCCUCACGUCGCACGGCGUGCGGCAGUCGCGCGAGCUGGCGGACCAUUUGGUUAGUGAGAGGGUCGUGCCGAAGCCGUUUCGCGUUUAUAGUAGUCCGUUUUAUCGGUGUUUGCAGACUAUUCAGCCGGGGGUGGAGGCGUUGAAGGUGAGGAUAGGGAAGGAUGGGAGUGGGAUUGAUGAGGGGGCGGUGUUGGAUGUUAGGGUUGAGAAUGGGGUUGGAGAAUGGUUCGGGCCAACCUCCUUCUUCCACCACCCAUCACCCUCCACGCUCUCGACCCUCAAAACGCACUUCCCAACCAUCCUCCCAGACACAGACACAAUACCCCCCCAGCAACAACCAAACGUGAUCCCCUCCACCCGCGGCGAAACCAUCGCCCAGCUCCACGACCGCCUCGCAACAGCCCUAUCGUCCAUAAUCGCCGACGUCGACGCCGAGGUAGCCGCCCACGAGCAAGCCACCGGCUCGCACUCCAGCAAAGCCAUCCUCAUCUGCUCGCACGCAGCGCCUCUCAUCGCUAUCGGCCGUGCCUUGACCGGUAACAUGCCUGAUGAUCCGGACGUGGAGGACUUCAAUGUUUUUACGGCUGGGUUGAGUACUUUUCGGCGGAGGAUGCCCUCGCCUGUCGAGGGUGCACACGGCAGUGGUAAUAGCGGAAGCAACACAUCCUCCCUCGCACCAGGAACAAAACUCACCAAAGACACAAUCACGGUCCCGCAAUGGCGAGGCGGCCGUGGUGUCGGCGGGGGGUGGGACUGUAUCGCGAAUGGGGACUGCAGUUUUCUGAGCGAGGGUGCUGAACGGGGGUGGCACUUCUGCGGCGAAGAAUCCUUCGAUACAGGACCGAUGGCUCCACCUUCUGCGUUCCCGACUUCGGGUCGGGAUUCCUCCAUUGAGGCGUCUAGGACGGGGACAAAGCUUUGA